UGUCAUCCAAGCCGCUAGGCUCGGCAUGUGUCUUCUUCCACUCUUCGCCAAUAUUUAUAUCUUCUGUUUCUCUUCUAUCGUAGCAACUAUCAAGCCAUAGCUCAUUACGUGUAAGCUGAAAAUUCGACGUCUGUAAAGGAUAUUUUUCUCUGAAGGUGAUUUUGAUCUAGGAACUAUAUAUGGCUCUUGUAUCCGGAAGGAGUUCUUCGCUGAACCCGAACGCGCCGCUGUUCAUCCCGGCUGCAGUGCAGCAAGUGGAUGACUUCUCGCCAGAGUGGUGGAACCUCGUCACCACCGCCACCUGGUUCAAGGAUUACUGGCUGAGCCAGCACCAGGGGGAGGACAUCUUCCUCGAGGAGACCGAUGGGAACGACGCUGUUGGAUUGUUGCCCGAUAACUUUGACCUUGGUAUCGACGAGGAUAUCCUAAACAUGGAAGCACAGUUUGAGGAAUUUCUCCACUCUGCUGAGGGCCGAGACUUCCAUGGCAGCAAGGCUGCCAUAAGAAUCACUGAUAAUGGCUUUAGCAAGAAUGCGACUCUGGUGAAGACUCUGAGCAUGCCGAAGGAGAGGGGCUACAUAUUACCGCGGGAGGCGAUGAAGUGGGAGAAGCCUGCGAAGAUUGUGAGCCCAAAGUGCAGCCCUCGAUUCAUCCAGCAACCUCGUUGAGAUCCAAGGUUGGAUUAGGUUGUUAGCUCUCAACAAAGCACCACUGUAUGUUUUUUUGUGUAGCUUUUUUUAAUUUCUGUAUAGAGCAAGGUUUGGCUCUCCUUGUACUAAUAGCCUUGUUCAUAUCCCUUGUUUUAGCUUUUGACUGUAAUGAAAAUUUAAACACAAAAAGAAGAAACUGAUAUUGUAAAAGCUCUACUUGUAUUAAAGAAAAAAAUAGAUUCCAAAAA